AUGGCUACUGUCGAAAAAAAAAAUAAAAAUAUAGAUCAUAACCAUCAUGUAAUUGAAAGUUUAUAUAAAAAUGAAAAAAAGAUCAAAGGCAGUAACAAAAUAAAACAUGUAAACAUGAAUGAGGAGAAGAAAGAAGUAGAAUUAAACGUUCUUAACAAUGUCGAAAAUAAAAAUGAGAAUAAUUUAGAUUUUUUGGACAUGGGAAUAACUAAAAUUAAUGAUAUGAAUAUGGGCAGCAAUAAUUUUCGUAGUAAUAGCAAUAGCAAUGUUGUUAUAAAAACGAAUACUGAAACGGAAAAGGAGGAAAAAAAAAAUAGUUUUAUUAUUGAAAAUAAGAGUAGUUAUGAGACAGAGGAAGAGAAUUUAUUAAAUGAGGAUGGAAAUUUAUCAGAUGAGGAACUAGAAGUAGAAGAAGAAAACGUAAUUGAAAAGGAUUUAAUACUUCAAAGAUAUAAACAUGGGAUUAACAUAUACAUAAAUUUUGAUAAUCAUGAUGAUGAUGUAAGAAAAAAAAAUUGUAAGAUUAUUGAUUUUUAUUUAGAAUGUUUAAAUAAAUAUAAAAGUGAAUGUAGUUUUGUUUAUUAUCAGAAUUACAACAGUAAUAAUAAUGUAAUUAUAAAUGAAAAUAUGGACAUGGAACAUGUGCAUAAUACAAAGAUGUUAUGUGAAAACACUGAUAAUAGUGUGAAUAACUUAUCAAUCUUAAAUGAUAAAAAUAUCAUAACGAAAAAUAAAAGUAUUCUAAAAAAUACAGUUAAUAGUAGCACGAAUGGUAGUGGUGGUUGUACUAGUAGUAUAACAACUGUUACUUCACCAAAUGAAGAUUUCAAAAACUUUAAUCUUCAGAAAAAGAAGCAAGAAUAUUUAGACCCUUUGUUAAAAUGUAUAAACUCCCUAUCUGAUAGGAUAAACCUACAACAUUUAGUAGGUGAUCCAACAACUUAUUUUAAAAUUGGUGGAGGGGAUAUGUUUUAUGAUAUUAAUGAUCCAUUUUUAGAUGACGAAGAAAUGUAUAAAGAAUUAAAUAAAACAAAAAAUGAAAUAAUUUUGACAAGACAAAUAGAAGAUGAAUAUAGUGUAUGGAGUGCAGAUAUGUCUGAUGAUUAUGUAGAUAUUAACCCAAAUUAUUUCAUUUCGUUUUAUAGCUCAAAAUGUAAGUAUGUGUCUUAUAGUGAUGAGGAAGAGAAGGAAAGAAAAAGAAAAAAAAAAGGAGAAAUGGGGAAAAAUAAAGAGGAUAACAAGGAGUAUAAUAAGGGGGAUAACAAAUUGCUUAAUAUGGAGCAUAAUGAAGUAGUUCAACGAGUAGAAGAUUGUGAAAAGAAAAUACACAUUAAUGAACAAAAUAAAAAUAAACAUGAAAAAAGCCUACCCCUUAGUGAUGAAAAACAACAGAAUAAUGAAGAUAUGGAGUUAGAUAUUAUAUAUUCCUCUUGUUCGUCCAAAUCUGAUGAUAGUGUAAUGGAAAUAAGUGAAUCAUAUAUUGAUAUAAAUAAUUUUGAACAAAACCCAAAUGAUUUUAUCAUAUAUUCAAGUGAAGGAGAUAUAGAAUCAUCUUCAUCUGAAGAUGAGAAUGAUGAUAACUCACAAGAAUCAUCUUCAUCUGAGGAGGAUAUUAUAUUUAAUCCUUAUGCAUGGAAAAAAUUUGAAAAACAUAUUCCACCCGAGUUUAUACACUCUUUUGAAAAAUUAGAAAAAGAGCUAGAUGCACUACCUGUGGAAGUAAAUAUAUCAGAUAUACAAAUAAUAAUAAAAACAUAUAUAUAUAAAAUUUUUGUACAAGUUAUGGAUAAACAAAAAAAUGUUUUAAAUCAUUUUGAUAAAAAAUUAAAUGAUUUCAUUGAAAUAGAUGUAAAGCAGUUGAGAUGGCUUACAACUAUUAUGAGCAAGACAUCUAACACUCUCAACGAUAUAGAUAUAUGUAGAAUAUGGUUUGAGCAUAUAUUUACAUAUAACACGAAAGUAUAUAUAAAUUGUGAAAAGGAAUUUAUUAGUAAAAUAAAACAUUCUCAGAUUUUUGAGAAAAAUAAUAAGACGCAUUUGAAUAAUAUUUUGAAGGAUAUUUCUUCUUGGAAAUCUUAUCAGGACAAUAAGGAAAAGACAAACAAAGAGUUUACGGAAAGUGGUACAACCAUUCAUGUUGGUACAUCUAUUGAUGGAAAUGCCAGUACCACUAAUGGAGGAAGUAAUUGCUUACUCAAAAAUGGUCCAUUUUGUAAAAACAGUAGUAGUGAUGCACAUGAACUCGUUCAUGCAAAUUCUAACAAAUCAGCAAUUAAUAGCACGAAUAAGAAUAGCAACAUUAUCUGCGAAGUAAAUUUUAAAAAGUUUGAUAAUGAAAGUGGUUCAAACAAUUUAGGAGAAUAUAAUAGAAACAACAGUAGUGAAAAAGAGUUAAUUGGAAACAUUAGAAAGGAUAAUGAGGAGAGUAAGGACAACAACAUGUUUAGUAUGUGUGAUAAAGCAGUUAAAGAGGAUAAAAAUACAUAUAAUAAUAAUCUUGUAAAAAGAAGUAGUAUAAUAAUACCACGUACAGAUUUGAGUGUAGGAAAUAUUUACAAUAUAAAUUGUUGUAUAUCGGGUAGUACAAAUAAUAAGGAAAGUACAGAGGAAAACGAUAAAAUGAAACUAAUAAAUAUAAAAAGCGAAUUAGAUAAUAAUGAUAAUAUGUCCAUACAUUUAUCAAAUCAUAGCACAAUAGAGCAUAUUGACGGGGAUAAAAAUGUAUGUAGUGAUUAUAGCUCCGCUAAUAAUAAGAAGAAUAACUUGCAUAAUAGGAGUUCCCAUAAUAAUGAUAUCACUAGGAGUGAUAAUAACACUAAUAAUGAUAGAAGUAAUAUUGGUAUUAGUAAUAAUGAUGGCAUUAUCAGUGGUAUUAAUAAUGCUUUAUUAAAAAAUGAGCAUAUCAUAAACAACAGACCAGAUAAUAACACAGGCAGUUUGUGUGCGGAUGGUAGGAAAUGCAGUGUGGAGAAUACGGACGGAAAGGUGAACCAACAGACGUUGAAACAUAUGGAUGAUGGUGGAAAUGGUAUCUAUAAUAGUAAUAGUAGUAACAGUAAUAGUAAUAUUAAUGGCGUUGGCAGCGGUAAAACCCCGAAGGGGUGUAAAUCAACGGAUGUGGAAAAAAACAAGGGAACGUGCAAAAAUAAUGAAAGUACGGAUCUGGAAAUGGAAACAAAUAAAAUAAACAAAAUGACUAGUAUAAAUGGUACUCAGAAGGAAGACUAUAAAUCACUGGAAAAGUUUUUCAAAAGAUUUUCAGAUAUAUCGCAUGAUUUGUUGAACUAUAUUAAAAUAUUUAUUAAGAAAAAAUGCAUAUUAAAAGAUAUGAUAUUAGCAGGUUUUGAAGCACUUGUUGAAAAACAAAAUAAACAUUUUGUCAAAUUACCCUAUAUGACUUUGUCAGAAAUUUUAACAAACUUAUUUAAUUUUAGAUAUAAAACAAAUAUUAUUAUUAAUGCUGAUUAUAUUGAAGCCCUUGUUGAGUUCUAUCAAGAUAAAUAUAAAGUUGAUUUAUUAUAUGAUAAAGGAAGGAAUAAAAAAGUGUUUCUAUUCGAUACAAAUGAGAUGCAAAAAUUGAAUAAUGCCUAUUAUCGAAAUAAGAAUUUGUUCAAAGAAAAUAAGAUGAUAUCAAAUGAUAAUGAUAAUACUUGUAAGGAGGAUAAUAAAAAUAAAGGAAAUAAUAAAACAGAGUUAGAUGAAAAAAGUUUGGUAAAAAAAGGGAGUACUUGUAGUAAUACCUACAGUGAGAUGCAACCAAGUAAAGACUUUUGUAAUAAAUCAAAUAAUAAGAAACAGUCAACACCAAAGAAUGAAUAUAAUAGUGGAAACAAUAACAAACAGUUAAAUAAAAAGAAAGGAAAUGAAUCUUUUAAAAAUAGUAAUGUUAAGGAAGUGAGUCCCACAACCAAAAAGAAAAAUAAUAAAAUAUUGUCAAAUGAAAUAACGAAAAAAAGUGCAGACAAAAAGAAAAAUAGCAAAACUGAGAAAAAAUUAUGUGCUACUCAUAUAAUUAUAUGCUCGGACAAUGAGGACAGCGAUGAUAUGAGCGUAACACCAAAUAGGAAGAUCUCAGCUCCCGAGAAAAUAAAUCCAAAAAAUAAAACAGAAUGUAGAAAUAUUAGUAUGUUUAUAGAAAACAUAACUAGAAAUAAGUAUAACACUACUACUGCUACUAUUACUACUGCUAAUAAUAAUAAUAAUAAUAAUAAUAAUAAUAAUAAUAAUAACAAUAAUAAUAAUAAUUAUAAUAAUAAUAAUUAUAAUUAUAAGUAUAAUUAUAAUUACAAUGUUGCAUCUAAUCGUAACAGCAGUAUCAGCGCUGCUGCUAGUGUCGUUAGAAGCAAUAGCUUUAAUAUGGACAACAACUUUAAGCGAAAUUACAACAUUAACUAUGUUAGUAAUAAUUAUAAGACUAUUGUUCAUGGUAAUAACCAUAAUUAUACAAACAUUAAUAGUAACAUGCGCAGUAACAUAAUUGAUAAUAUUCAUAACAACAUGAAGAGAAAUAACAAUAUUAAUACCAUUCGAAAUAUUUUUAGUAAUAGUUCAGCAAUAAAUAGUAAUCUUAUUAACAAGAGUAAUAGCCAUUACGAUAGUCAGAAAAAUAAAUGCCCUGAGGAAAAUCUCUUAAUUAUUGCUGAUGAUAAGAAAAGUUUUAAUUCUAACCACAUGUUAAAUGAAAAAAUGAAAUUAUUUAAAAAGAGAAAAUUAAAAAAUGAUUAUCAGUGUAGUAAAAAAAAUCAGCAUACAAAUAUACUAAAAAUUAGUAAAAUUAAUGAUAAAAUGAAAGGGAAAAUUACACACUUGAAUGAAAAAUGUGCAGUAUAUAAAUGCAUAAAUGUCGACUCGUCUGAUGAAAACAAGUCUUAG